UAUUUAACAAGAACCAAGUGUGUGUGAAGUGCCUUCGAUAAUUACAUAUACGUAAUAUUUGUUACAAUUCGAAACGAGAACCAUAAAAUGGCUUUUGAUAAAGCGGAUAAAUUAACAAGCGAUUUCGAACAGCCUUCUAAACCAAAUGGAUUUGGAGCAAGACAUGUGCAGGCGGUCCUCUUGUUUUUUGGAAUGGUUUUCGGCUACUUCCUGCGCGUUAAUAUAUCCGCUGCCAUAGUGCCAAUGACGAACCCGGUCUCCGACGCACCUUACUACGACUGGGACACUGAUAAGAAAUCCCUUAUCCUGAGUAGCUUCUUCUGGGGCUAUGUAGCUAUACAAGUGCCCGCAGGCUUGUUAGCGAAACGUUAUGGUGCGAAAAUUGUGCUCGGUGCAGCAACUGCCGGAGGUGGAGUCCUUGCAUUUUUUCAUCCACUUGCAGCUGCCACAAAUGACGGCUGGAUUGCCAUUUGUGUUCUGCGAGUUUUAACUGGUAUUUCUCAGGGUACUGUCUACCCUUGUGUUCACACAUUAUUGGCCAAGUGGGUGCCCUCAACCGAGCGUUCAUUCCUUUCAACAACCAUUUAUUCUGGAGCCCAACUGGGCACGGCCAUUAUUUUGGCAACUAGUGGUGUGAUAUUUGAUUCCAGCAUGGGCUGGCCAGGACUUUAUUAUAUCUCCGGUGGACUAAGCGUGGCCUGGGCCAUUAUAUUCUUGUGGUUAGGCGCCAAUGCCCCUGGAGACGUUGUCAGCAUGAACAAAGUGGAACGCGAGUAUAUUGCAGCACUGACCGGCAGCGAAGGCAGCGGUCAGCCGAUGGCCGUUCCUUGGAAAUCCAUCUUUACCUCACCGCCCUUCUAUGGUCUGUUGGCUGCGCACUGUGGCUUCACCUGGGGCUUCUACACAUUACUGACAGAAAUGCCGACCUAUAUGAGUACUGUGCUGCAAUUAAAUGUUAAAUCCAACGCGAUGCUCUCGGCACUGCCCUACUUUGCCAUGUGGAUACUGUGUCUAGUGGUUAGUCCUAUAUCUGAUCUGCUCAUUAACCGGGGCACCCUAACGGUCACUACUGCACGCAAACUCUUUAACUCUAUUGGUCAGUGGAUACCAAUGGUUUGUCUAAUUGCGCUUGGCUACAUGACUUCCGAAGAAAGAAACUUAGCUAUAACCCUACUCACCAUUGCGGUGGGCGUCAAUGCGGGCUGCUCGUGUGGCUAUCUUGUCAAUCACAUGGACUUGUCUCCAAAUUUCGCGGGUCCUAUGAUGGGCAUCACAAAUGGGCUGGCUGGUGUUAUGUCUAUCCUGGCACCCCUUAUCGUAGGCGCUAUUGUAACAGUCGAGGAAAAUCCUAGUCAGUGGCGAAUCGUCUUCUGGAUUACCGCUGCAAUAUAUUUGGUGUGCAAUUUAGUAUUUGUGCUAUUUGGCAAAGCCACAGUACAGACCUGGAACGACCCAAGUAACAUGCCUAGCACUAGCACUAUGACAUUGCGGGACCAUUCAGAAUUGAUUUCUAAAACGACAGCGCCAACGGAACGCAAGGAAAAUCGUUUUUGAUCCUACAACUGACAUUAUGAUCUAAUCUCAAAUUUUAAGCUUAAAUUUAGUUUUUUGUUAGCCACAUAAGUUUGUGUAAAUAUGUAUACCAUUAAAUGUGAAUAAGUGCCAGAUAUUUCUUAAGUAUGGGCUACCUGUGCUUUGACUUUAUCAUAAAUAUAGAGCCUUGGCCCUUGGAAGCUAU